AUGGGAAAAACAGCCACUGCUGUUAAAGCGGCAAACGAGAUUCGAGAUAAUGACGAUAACACUGCUGUCGUCUACAUCAACUGCUGUGUUGUCAAUUCAUGUGAUGAUCUUGCGGCGAAGAUUUCCCAGCAAAUCUAUCAUUUCCCUUUGAAUGAGUCCACUGCAGAAAUUAAAAGGAGGCUAAUAAGUGAGAAAGAUCUCCUCGUCAUAUUGCUGCUGGACAAUUUUCAAUACUUAGAGCCCCUGGAUCGCAAUGACGAAGCCAACAUGAAUCCGGAGAUAACAAGGAUUGACCAAACAGAAGGGUUUAAAGUUAAAAAGUUCAUCACAGAAAUCAUCACAGCCUCAACUAACGUCAAGCUGCUCGUUACCUCAUCAGUGCGCGCGUCUUUUUCACAAACAUGUCAACACAUAGUAAGCCUGCGUUCGUUAGAGAGGAGUGAAUCAUUUGAGCUUCUGAAGAACACCUAUUGUAACCCUCAGCUGGACAAAGAAAUUGCUUACAUAAUAGCCGAUAUUUGUGAUGGUAUUCCGCUCGCCCUUAUUUCCUUGGCUUCUUGGCAAGACCAUCCACCCGAUCUUGUGCAAAUGAUGACCAACGCCAACCCAAAGGACCAAUUCAAGAAAUUUAUAUCAAUUCCUGAAACUGAUGCAAGUAAGAAAAUAGACGUGUGCCUUGACGCUUGCUUUUACAGACUUGACCAGGAUCUACGACACACUCUUAUUUGUCUUUCGCUGUUUAAAGGACAUUUUACCAUGUCAACAGCUAAAGAAGUCUUCUGUUCAGAGGGGUUAGAAGGCCGCAUUUUGGAAUUGGCUAGUCGAUCUUUCUUAGAAAGGAACAUAUUAGGCCCUAAAGCUCCGUGCUGGUACAGUCUUCUUGGAGUCCAAAAACUCUACUGCCAAAACAAGGCCGAAGAAGAAGGUGCAAAACAAGUAUACGAGAACGGCCGAAAGAGUUUUAUCGACUACUUUCUCUCUCUCCUUGAAGAGGUUUUCAAGAAGUUCCUGAGUAAAGAUGCUUUUGAAGCUUGCGCUACAUUUCGUCAGGAAGUGGAAAAUAUCAUGCAGCUUCUCGACUGGUUCAAGAGUGGCGUCAUGGAUGUAGAACGAACCCUCAAGUGUAUUGAUGUGUUCAACGAAGCAGCCGAGCUACUUGCAAAGAUGAUGGGAGAGAAGCGAUUUAAUGCGGUUUUUAAUCUGCUGAAAGACAAGUGCCAACAGUUGCAAGAUAAAGAAAGACUGAGUGAUUGUCUUACUUCACUUGGGAUCAAAAAGGCAUUCAGUUGUUUCUUUUCCCCUCAUUUGUCUGUUGAAGCUGGGAAGAUAGCUAAAGAUUACUUUACGGAAGCCGAUAGAAUCCAGAGCGACCUUCCAAUUGAUACCGGUAACAGCAGAGCCCAAUAGACCAUUCCCGCAUUCGUCACAAGCACGCGCGCGAAAACAUGAAAGUGAGGCUCGGGUGGACAAACAUCAAACAUGGCGGACAACACCGAGAAGCCUAAGGCGCAAACUGCGAAAGAUAUCCCGUGGUGUAAGUCUCUUAAAAGCUUGCCAGUGUUUACAAGGAAAGAGAUAGAUGAACACCGGAACAAUAGUGGCAAACGAAAGGCUGACGACGUUUCGAAGCCUAUUAAAAAAACCCUGAAGCGCGGCUUAAAAUUUCAAGAAGAACGGUAUCUUUCAUCAGACACAGUGUAUACGAAGGUAUUUGGUAACUCGUUUAUGGUAAAAGCAAAGUGUCGUGCCAGCAUGAGUACUCGAGAAAUUCACGAACUAGAAGUUUCACUCGAUGUAACAUCUGGGAAUGUACGGGAAGCACACUGUACUUGCAGAGCUGGCAAAAGUGGAUACUGUAAUCAUGUGAUGAGUCUUCUACUUGAACUCGCUCGUUACUCUUUGGAAGACUUUGACAGGAUACCCGAGGAAGCAGCAUGUACAAGUAUGUCAAGGAAAUGGGGUAUUCCAGGUAAAGUAUAAAUUGAUUUCAAUUAGCUGUAAGUACCUACCUGUACUUUUGGGCAGCUCACGCAAGUAGUUAACAUGUUCGGUUUUCGUCUGCUAGCAGAAGAAUUAAACUGAUAAUAGCAUAGGUCAUGCUGAAGCACGUCUUGAUAAAGUUGUAUGAUGUGUCUGAAAGUUUUGAAGUGACUUAAGCGUUAUUCACAUAGUGAUCAAACUUUUUUCUGUUCUUGUUCUAAGGUGAGAAAGGUCUACCUAAAGAACCCAUAAUGAAGACAUCAGUUCAAAAGGAGUUAACGAACAAGGGAAUAAAACCAACUCUGUAUGAUCCAAGAGUCAAGGAAAGAANAAUAGACCAUUCCCGCAUUCGUCACAAGCACGCGCGCGAAAACAUGAAAGUGAGGCUCGGGUGGACAAACAUCAAACAUGGCGGACAACACCGAGAAGCCUAAGGCGCAAACUGCGAAAGAUAUCCCGUGGUGUAAGUCUCUUAAAAGCUUGCCAGUGUUUACAAGGAAAGAGAUAGAUGAACACCGGAACAAUAGUGGCAAACGAAAGGCUGACGACGUUUCGAAGCCUAUUAAAAAAACCCUGAAGCGCGGCUUAAAAUUUCAAGAAGAACGGUAUCUUUCAUCAGACACAGUGUAUACGAAGGUAUUUGGUAACUCGUUUAUGGUAAAAGCAAAGUGUCGUGCCAGCAUGAGUACUCGAGAAAUUCACGAACUAGAAGUUUCACUCGAUGUAACAUCUGGGAAUGUACGGGAAGCACACUGUACUUGCAGAGCUGGCAAAAGUGGAUACUGUAAUCAUGUGAUGAGUCUUCUACUUGAACUCGCUCGUUACUCUUUGGAAGACUUUGACAGGAUACCCGAGGAAGCAGCAUGUACAAGUAUGUCAAGGAAAUGGGGUAUUCCAGGUAAAGUAUAAAUUGAUUUCAAUUAGCUGUAAGUACCUACCUGUACUUUUGGGCAGCUCACGCAAGUAGUUAACAUGUUCGGUUUUCGUCUGCUAGCAGAAGAAUUAAACUGAUAAUAGCAUAGGUCAUGCUGAAGCACGUCUUGAUAAAGUUGUAUGAUGUGUCUGAAAGUUUUGAAGUGACUUAAGCGUUAUUCACAUAGUGAUCAAACUUUUUUCUGUUCUUGUUCUAAGGUGAGAAAGGUCUACCUAAAGAACCCAUAAUGAAGACAUCAGUUCAAAAGGAGUUAACGAACAAGGGAAUAAAACCAACUCUGUAUGAUCCAAGAGUCAAGGAAAGAAAAAGAUUAGACAUCCGUGGAGUUCAAGUAAUGCAAAAGGAAUUGGAAUCAAUUCAUCCUCUUAUUGGUUUUUCCCAUGUCAUCCCAAAAAAGCCUGAAUUGCUGACUAAUAUAGACACCAGGUAUGGACCAGUGGUCAUUGGAUCUCCCCUCUCUUUUCAUUUAAGUUCUUUGGAGUUCAAUUUCACUGUUGUCACUAACCUGGAACCGGCAGUUAACCCUGCUCAAGCCGAUUCAAGUGACAUUUACAAAGUAAGCUUGCCAUUCCAUUUCCCAGAUUUACCUGAAGCUGUUCAUUUCAGUACUGUGCAACAAACAUUCAUUGAACACUUAAGAGUAACUCACCAAGAAAGUAUUGAUAUUGAGAAAAGGACUGUUAAGCAAAGGGAAUGUGAUGAGUGGAUAAAACACCGCAAAAAUAGACUUGGAUCAUCUGUGUGUCACAGAAUAUAUGUAAGGAAACGAAGUUUCAAUAAUCUUGCCAAGGAACUUAACCAGCCAUUUAAGCCUCUAGAUGAAAUUCCAGCAAUUCAGCAGAGAAAGCUAAAGCAUGGCAUAAAAUUUGAGCCAGUUGCAAGAGAAAAAUAUUAUGAUGUCAUGAAGCACUAUUUGAAGAGGCCAAUUACCUUGAGAGAGACAGGAAUGGUGAUUCCCCCUUGCAUGUUUUGGCUUGAAGGCAGUCCUGAUGGUCUUGUUAUUGAUCCAUGUUCCUCAUCUGGGAAGAUAGGGACAAUUGAAAUGAAAUGUCCAGAGGGAAAGAAGAACCACACCCCAGAGGAGGCAAUGAAAGAUGAAUCGUUUUACAUUGAAUUAGUUGAUGGUAAACCCAACCUGAAGAAAGAUCAUCACCUAGGAUAUUACACCCAAGUCCAGCUAGUUAUGGGUUUCUGUGGUUUAGAAUGGGUUGACUUUGUAGUCUACCUAUUUAAAGGGAUGAUCAUCACAAGGGUUCCAUUUAAUAAAGAUUAUUUUGACCAAGUAGUAUGUAAAGUAAACAUCUUCUAUGUAAAGUGGUUUCUUCCUCAGGUCAUGGCCUAAAUGCAGUUUAGUAUAUUGUGCAUUGUGCCUGAGCAAACGGUGACAUUACAACGUGUACCAGUUUUCCAUAGUAUCUAGCUUUUAGACUCCUGUUGAUGGGUGUUAGGGCUUCAAGGAUAAGGUUACUUUGCUCGUUGCAAUGUUAUUACAGUACAGUAAAAACCCACGUAUAAGAACCUAAAAUUUAAGAACCUGUUAGGCUAAAAUGUUUAUUUUAAACCCCCUUUUCAUAAUAACCUAUUUAGCCUAAAAUUUUCAAUAGGUUAAUAUUUUACAAAAAUGAAACAGAUGAAAAUACGGAGAAAAACUUUUAGUCUAGGUUUCAGUCAGUAAGAUUCAAACAAUGAACUAAAAUGAAAACCAUAUCAUGUCUUUGCCAAUACUGGAUUACACAAUGCAAUAUUAUUAUUAAGAAUACAGAUCUCUCUCAUAUGCCCGAGAGUAGUUAUCUGUGCUGAUCACUAGUACCCCUAUCAAAAUUAAGAGCCUGUUUAAGAACCUAAGUAGCCCAGAAUCCCACUAAAUACCAUUUCUAUAAGAACCUAUUUAGGCUAAGUUGGAAAAAUCUAGGUUCUUGUAUGCAUAUUUUUACUGUAUUUUAUUGAAAAUAUACGAGAAGGAGUAUUUCAUAGAAUUCUUAAAAAAGAUUACUUCCAUGACAAGAAUAUUAAAAGUAUUACAUGUUCAGCAAUUACUUAACAAUUUCUGUUCAAUUUCUAUGAGAGCAAUGAUUUGCGCAAUAAUCUCAAGAAAGGUACUGUUUGAAAAUCGUGGAAAUUCAAUUAUUGCAAAAUAUCAAUUAUUCUAAAAGGGAAAGUGUUUUCAUUGACAAAAGAAAUGUUAGUUAGUCUUGAAAAGCGAAAAUUCAGCUUCGGUAUUUAUUCAUAAACCAACUUGAUCCUUGUAAAUCAUUGGGCACUUUGAAGGAAAUGAUGAUAAAACCAUAACAUUAUUAUUGCUUAAUAAGCGGGUCCAUAAAGUUACAUAGAAGACAAGCCACUGUCCAUAUUUGGUUUAUGGUCCCAUUCAUAUUUAGUGGAAUUUCAGUCUUUAAGACUUUAAAUUUCUUAAUGCGAGCAAUAAUACGUUCUACAUGGAUUCUAACAGAGGCGAUUGUUUGACUAAAUACAACAUCUUCUUUGUCAAGCUGCUCUUUGCCAUCAAGAAAUGCAGGUAUGUUUAACUUAACUCCUAGAGGGUCAAGUAAUUCCUGGAUUGUAAAUCCUCUGUCUGCCAUAAUUGAAUCCCCUUUCUCCCAAAGUUCUGGGUGUAGUAUACCACACCUGGAAACUAUUUCCUUAUCUGACAGCGAUCCAGGGUACAACUGACUCACAAAAGUUAUAGCUCCAGAAGGACUGAUGCCCACUAAAGCUUUGUAUGUUACAUGGUGCUUAUAGUGUGAGUAAAGGGCACUCUGUGUAGUUAGGCUAGAAGGCACUUGUACAAAGAUUUCUGUACAGUCAAUGAUACAUCUUGUUGAGGGAUAAGUGUCCUUAAAACACAUUGGCAUGGAUGAAACAAUCUGAUCUUUAGAAGGCCAUAUGGGAAUAUUUCCCAAACAGAAGUACAAGUAAUUUGACCAGGUGAUCAAGUACCGGGAAAUGGUUGAUUUGCCAAGUCCAAAUAACCACGCCAGAUGUUUCUGUCCAAAUCCACACCUUAACCACACCAAAAACAUAAACAAUUGUUCAAUCACAUCCAAUUUAGGGCUCACACCAGGCUUACUUCCUUCAGUAAAUUUACAUUCAUCAGGUUCAUCUGACCCAUUCUUUGAAGGCUCAUAGUAUUUCAAAUUACUAGCAUUCUCACCAGGAUUUAAAAAUUGAAAAAGAAUGUCAAACUUAACUGGAUGAAAACCAGUGAAUGACUUGAAAACGUCUUCUUGUUCUCUGAUGUUCUUGGAUGUAAACUUUCCUUUUUCCAGUUUUUGUAUUUUGGCUUUCAGCUCACUCCAAUCUUUUUCAACGUCACUUUUUUGUUUAAUCAAAAGUGACAAUUUAACCUCCAACUUUUCCACGACUCUUCUCAAAUAAGCGCAAUUUUCACAGGCCUCUGUCGGUCUUGCAUUGUCUUCAUUAAGCAACCUAGAGCUUAAAUAACAUGGUUCUGAUUCAGGCUGAAUAUUUUCUUCAUUUUGCUCAGAACAUCUCUUUUUUGGUAAUUUUCGAUUAGGUGUGCUCGCACUUUUAUUCCAGCUGAAAAUGGAAGGAAUAGUAGUCUUGUCUUUCAGAUCUUUCCUGCCACUGAACUGUUUUUUAAUUUCGUCAGGGUGAAAAUGUUGCUCACACACUUUAGUGUAUUCCGUCACAACAAAUCCGUCUCUGUUUUCUUGUCUUUUAAUUGCCAAAAGCCACCGAUUCCUACUUUUUGCCUCCAGAGGAAAAGAAAAAAAUGAAAUAUUAGUUUUUUCCCCCUGAUUGUUAUAAAAGGAACUUUUGCAACCAGGGACACAACAAUAUUUGCUACGGCCACCGCGCGAAGAAGUGAAGGUGUUGUCCGCCAUGUUUGAUGUUUGUCCACCCGAGCCUCACUUUCAUGUUUUCGCGCGCGUGCUUGUGACGAAUGCGGGAAUGGUCUAUGCCUUGCCAAAUAUGGCCGUUGUGUCUCCAUCAUAGACGGUAAAUUUGCUGAAGGAAAGGAGAUGAUUCAAAAAGCAAUCGAUAUUCGCAAGAAGCAUGGAGAAGAGGACAAAGUCAUGUUAGGUGCAACAUACAAUGACUUGGCAGGUAAGGCCCCAUUUAUAUGGACAAAACCUUUCCCGGGUGGAAGGCUUAUCCUCCCAGCCGAGUCAACUUUAGCGACCGUUUAUAUGGGAAAAAGGUUGACCCCUUUGCUUAAACUCUCACAUGCUGUGAUUGUCUCAUCUUGACCGAGUUGAUCCGUAUGGGCGAGUCAAAGUCAGUGUUCGGAAGAAACGUUGCAUGGCCCGGCUAGGAGGGUGACCCGUCUAGCGGAGCAAACGUUUUGUUUCUCGUGUACACGGCUCGCCACGCUCUGUAAGGAAAUGUCUGAUAAGUUGGCUCGCACAGGGUAGCCCCUGUAUGUGGAUGAACCCCCUACCAGGGGCAACGUUUCUUCCAACGUUUCGUUGUUCUUUGAACUGAAGCUUUAUCUUAGUUUGUUUUCCAUUUGCUUUGUCUCCUAGCUUAAAAGCCACUUAAGCCUGAAUUUCAUUUUAACCUUUUACAGAUGCAAACAGGUUAAAUAUUUUUAUGAUCUUAAUGUUGAUCAUGUGAUAAGAUCUGAUAAUGUGAUACGUUGGAUUUAAGAGCAAAAAUCUUUAAGAACAUUAAAUCAUUAAAUCCAGCGACCAGACUGUAAUUUUCUUCUGUGUUCUAGUUGUCCUCUCCCUGGAAUCGGCAGAUCAUCAACGAGAAUGUCGACAAGAAACAGCCAAUGAACUCCUCCAAGAAGCAGUAAAUUGGAGAACACGUAAAACGCUUGAAAUAUACAGAGUAAAGCUGGGCGACCAUCCUUUUACAGCUACCAUUCUAAACAACCUGUCAAAAAAACUACCGUUCUCUUGGAAGGUUUGA